UGUUGUGCACUGAGAAGAAGUGCGCGCGCGAAGUUCCUCCGCUCUGAAGCUCAUGAGAUAACGUCCGAAAGGAAGGAAGGAAAUUAUGCAACGUUAGGAAGAAAAUUCGUUAGAUCAUCUUCACUUUUUUGCCUGCCUGUGGGAGUGUAGGGUGUCUUCAGGGAGUUCCUACGGUGUUGAGAGCGUUUCCCCCCAUACCCGUUCAGCAACACGUAACCAAAUCCAGCGAAAAUGUUCUCCGCACUGUUGGACGCCGCGCGCAACUCCCCCUUCAAGACACCGUUCACCAAGGCCCAGUGCGAUGCCGCUGCGCCCAGCGAGAACCCCAAGUCGUUGAUUGCCAGUGGCCGAACCCUGGCGGCCGCUGCCUCCGACGAGGUGGAGUUCGGUUCGACCCAGUUCUACCUGCUGUGCGGUGUCGGUGGAAUCAUCUCGUGCGGUUCGACGCACACCUUCGUGGUGCCGCUGGAUUUGGUCAAGUGCCGUCUGCAGGUCGACCAGGCCAAGUACAAGAAUCUGUUCCAUGGGUUCAAGGUCUCGGUCGCCGAGGAGGGCGCCAAGGGCCUGGUCAAGGGAUGGGCCCCGACGUUCUUCGGCUACUCGGCGCAGGGUGCCUUCAAGUUCGGUCUGUAUGAGGUGUUCAAGGUGCAGUACGCCAACGUGUUGGGCGAGGAGAACGCCUACCUGUACCGUACCUGGUUGUAUCUGGCUGCGUCCGCCUCGGCCGAGUUCUUCGCCGACAUUGCCCUGUCUCCGAUGGAAGCUGCCAAGGUCAAGAUCCAAACCAUGCCCGGCUUCGCUGGCACGCUGCGUGAAGCCAUGCCCAAGAUGAUGGGCGAGGAGGGUAUCACGGCCUUCUACAAGGGUCUGGUCCCACUGUGGUGCCGUCAAAUCCCGUACACCAUGAUGAAGUUCGCCUGCUUCGAGAAGACCGUUGAACUGCUCUACGCCUACGUCGUGCCGAAGCCACGUGACCAGUGCUCCAAGGGCGAACAGCUGUUGGUUACCUUCGCUGCUGGUUACAUUGCUGGUGUGUUCUGCGCCAUCGUUUCUCACCCGGCUGAUGUGGUCGUUUCGAAGCUGAACCAGGCCAAGGGAUCCAGUGCAUUCGAUGUGGCCAAGCAGCUUGGCUUCAUGGGAAUGUGGAACGGUCUGAUGCCCCGUAUCAUUAUGAUCGGUACGCUGACUGCCCUGCAAUGGUUCAUCUAUGAUGGUGUCAAGGUCGCCCUGAACAUCCCACGCCCACCGCCCCCAGAGAUGCCAGAAUCGCUGAAGAAGAAGUUGGGAGUUCAGUAAGUUCGUCACAACACCCCGUCGUUAUUUAUCCUAUUCUCCCCCUGUACUUCUUUCAUCGAUAAGCUAGAAUUAUUUUAUAAGUCACACAAAAUUCUCAAGUCAAACACACUUUUGCGCAGUACGGAUACUAACAGUCAUCGAGAGUGAAUCGGUCACAAUAAAAACCUAGAAUCGUUCGAGUGCUAUUAUUAUUAUUGGGUGCUACAACAUUUCUACCAAAUCGAGAACAAGUUCUGGAACGCGGUUCAGUAUUUUGCACAAAAUGAGAAAAUCUCGAUUGCACAAAACAAAGCUGUUCGAAAUGGACCGUAUACUACCAAUGCUCCGAAGUCGCUUCGAUUGUACUGUUAGAUUAGUAUAGUUGUUGUACUAUGUUACCAUGGGUAGUCCAAAGAGAAAUAAAGUGAACGCGUUUCUUCAUGGAAGAACCAAAAAAUCGUAAAA